AUGAACGACUUUGACGAGUGCGGCCCGAGCGCAGCCAGCAUGUACCUGCCCGGCUGCGCCUACUAUGUGGCCCCGUCGGACUUCGCCAGCAAGCCGUCGUUCCUGUCGCAACCGUCGUCCUGCCAGAUGACUUUUCCCUACUCUUCCAAUCUGGCGCCGCACGUCCAACCCGUGCGCGAAGUGGCCUUCCGCGACUACGGCCUGGAGCGCGCCAAGUGGCCGUACCGAGGCGGCGGCGGCGGCGCAGGGGGCGGCGGCGGCGGGGGCGGCCCCGGCGGGGGCGGCAGUGGCGGCGCCGGGGGCUACGCUCCCUACUACGCGGCGGCGGCGGCCGCGGCGGCGGCGGCGGCGGCGGCCGAGGAGGCGGCCAUGCAGCGCGAGCUGCUCCCGCCCGCGGGCCGCCGGCCGGACGUGCUCUUCAAGGCGCCCGAGCCAGUGUGCGCCGCGCCCGGGCCGCCGCACGGCCCCACGGGCGCCGCCUCCAACUUCUACAGCGCCGUGGGCCGCAACGGCAUCCUGCCGCAGGGCUUCGACCAGUUCUACGAGGCUGCACCCGGGCCCCCAUUCGCCGGGCCGCAGCCGCCUCCGCCGCCCGCGCCGCCGCAGCCCGAGGGCGCUGCCGACAAGAGUGACCCCAAGACGGGGGCCGGUGGUGGCAGGGGCAGUCCCUGCGCCAAGGCGACCCCGGGCUCAGAGCCCAAGGGGGCGGCAGAAGGCGGCGGCGGCGACAGCGAGGGGCCCCCGGGGGAGGCGGGGGCUGAGAAGAGCGGCGGCGCAGUGGCCCCCCAGCGGUCCCGGAAAAAGCGCUGUCCCUACACCAAGUACCAGAUCCGCGAACUGGAACGCGAGUUUUUCUUUAACGUGUACAUAAACAAAGAGAAAAGACUCCAACUCUCUCGGAUGCUCAACCUCACUGACCGGCAAGUCAAAAUCUGGUUCCAGAAUCGCAGGAUGAAAGAAAAGAAACUGAACAGAGACCGUCUGCAGUAUUUCACUGGAAACCCCUUAUUUUGA